AAUUUCCUCUCUGUUUCUAGUCUGAUUCAGUGCAGCAAUGGUUGGUUUAAUAAUUUCAGUGCUGAUGAUCUGUGGCAUGGGCUCGUUUACAGCUGUUAAAUCAUCUCAGAUAGUCAAUUUGUCAGCUCAACCAGGAGAGAACGUCACUAUUUGGUGUCAGCACACCACAGGAACGGGAAAGAACAUGCACUGGUUCAAGCAAACAAACAGUUCUGUACCUAUUGCCAUUGUAUACAUGAUGAUAACCUACGAGUUUAAGGAAAUACACAAAGGUUAUUUUAAUGAUUUUCAACAAGAUCAUAUUCUGAUGACUCUGGAUAUCAAAAACACCUCCCUGAUCAUUUUGAAUGUGGAUGUUUCUGAUUCUGGUCUGUACUUCUGUGGUUGGGACAACUGGGUGAUGACAUUUGGUAAUGGAACAAAUCUAGACAUCAAAGAGAGGAGUGUUACACCACUGCAAAAUGAAACAGAAAUAACAAAUAAAGAGAGGAGAGUUACACCACUGCAAAAUGAAACAGAAAUAACAAAUAAAGAUCUCAAGAGGAGCCCGAUUUCUACAAGAGACUGUUCUGAAAACAUCUUUUAUAACCUGACCUUUAUUUUUGGGGGUAUUAUUUUAAUACUCAUCAUCAUUCCACUCACCACGCUCAUUAUUAAGAUACAAAACAGAAACACGCAGGAAAAAGAUGCUGAGCGUCAUGUAACACAACAUCAUGAGGAGCCUCAUUCACCAGUCUAUGCUGCUCUACAGUUCUCAAAACACCAGAAAAAAACCAGAAGAGCAGCCAGAAAUACAGAGGAUACAGAUGUUGUGUAUUCUGCUACUAGAUAGUCCAACAAUCGCACAAGGUCAAAUAUUGUAGCCUACUGUAAUGUUUAAAAGCCAUAUGUUCAUACAGACUCUAAUAUUGAAACACUAUUACUAAUGCCAUACAUUUAAAGUGUAUGUAAGCGCUGCAAUGUUUAGUAUUUUCGAUGCAAAAGAUUUUGUGAAGAUCAAAUGUAUUUGAAAGUUCUAAGAAGUUUAAUUUAGAUCUGUGUAUAUUUCCUGUCAUUAAGAUAAAAGCAGGCCCUUUCCCAAGAGAAGGCGGUUGUGAAUGAUAUCAUUUCCUAUACAGGCCCUGACAGGAAGAAGCUGUUCAGUAUAGAAUGAGACGUGCUGAAGGGAACUUCAGCGGUCCAGAUUACAAAUAUACACACUGAAACACAGAUGCGCAAAUUAUUAAAAUGAUUAGUCAACAAUUUAGUACUGAGAAGUAGCCUGAUCAUUAUGAAUAUUGAUAUUGCUCAUGACAAUUUAAAGAAAAUGUUAAUAAAACAAUGUUUAAAAUU